AUGGAUUCAAAAUCAAUUAUGUAUUUACCAUCAUAGCAAAUAAGUGAAGGAGAAAUUCUAGUGAAAGGAAAGACUUUAGGAAGAUGGAAAACGAAAAAAUUUUUAAUAGAUGAAGAACAAAGAGUAUUUGCAUUAAAAAGUUCUUAAGCAAAAAAAAAGUAAAAGCCUUUCUAUCUAGAAUAUUAUAAAGUAAAAAUUAUAGUAAUAUCUUUUAGUUAGAAAUAAGAGAGAAAAAAAAAGAUAAGAUUUCAUUUGAUUUGAUUUCAAAAGCAGGAGGAAAAAGUGUGACAUUAGGACUUUAGAAUGAAUAACAGGCUAAUGCAAUAAUAAAUUUAUUGUAGAAAUUGAUAAUGAAAGAGGAUUCUAUUUAAAAACAACAAUUAGAGGAAUAAUAAUAAAAAUUAUUAAACGAAUAAACUAUAGCGAAUUCUCACUGUAAAUUUAUGUUUUUUAAUAUAAUUAAGAAUGGGCUUUUGAGAAAAUAGAUUAUGAGAUUCCUUGUUUUUUUGAUACAAGUGAGAUUAGAGAAAAGUAAAUGAUUAUAUUAUUUAUUUAAGUAUCCAUCAAAUAAGAAAAGGAUAAUAAAAGCUAGAACAUUUUUAGAUGGUUUACUAAUAGUAAACAUGUUAAAUUUACAAAAAUGUUGAAAACCAUCAUCAUUUUAUGAGUUUUAUAGAAUAUGAAGGAAAUUGUAAGAAUAUUAAUUUUUAAUAUAGGCUGUGAAACAAUAAUUCAGAAUUUAACAGAUAACAACAAAAUUAAUUAAUGGAAUCCAUUUGUAUCAUAAAAUGAAUCUAAAUUAAUAAAAGAAUUGGUUGAAGAUAAAUCAUUUUAAAUAUGUGAAAUAAGAUAAUUAACUAAUCUAUUUGUUUUUAAGAGAGAAUUUCAAUAUUUAAGGCAUCAUCUAAAAAUAGAUAAUAUUGAUUUUAUUGUUUAAAAGUAAAUAGAUUAGAGACCAAAAACAAAAUUGAAUUAAGGAAGUUUAAAAUAUGGAUUAUGGAGUGUUUAAUACAAGUAAUUGAAUAAUAAUUGAUAAUUUUUAGAAAUAACAUUACAAAAGUUUGUUAUGUUACUGAAUAAUCAAUAUUAGGAUUAUCAUAUCCAGACGAAGAUUCUUAUCUUACUCAAGUAUUUCUUUAAUAGAUAAGUAAUGUGAAUUAAGCUUCUAUAUUGAAGACAUAGAUACAAAAUGUUGAAAAUCCUUAAACUAAUAUAAUAAUUACACAUGAAAAGUCUAAAGAAGUAAUUCAUUAACUAGAAUAAUAAAAUCUUGAGAAAUAAGAGAUAAAUAUUCAAAAUAAAGUUGUUUAGGAAAAUAAUAAAUAGAAUAAAGAAGAAGAUGAUUAAUUUUUUGAUUGUGAAGAGUAGGAUGCAAUAGAUGAAAUGAAUGAUAAAUUAUUUAUAGUAGAAACAGUAGCGAAUAAACAAUUAAUCUAAGAUGAUGUUGUAAAAGAUGUUUAUGAAUAAAAUGCAAGAAGACAAUCUAUUUUACCACUUUAAAUUGAUACAUAAGAUAAUAAUAUAUAAGAUUGGGUAGAAAAGAAAAUGAAAUAAGUAUUGUAAGGAGGUUAUUGUUCACUUUCAAUAAAUGUAAAACAUUAAUUGUGUCCAAAAGAAAGUGGAUAACAAAGAUAAUUUUUAACUGAAUAAGAAGGAGGACAUUACAUUUUCAGAAAAGAUUUUAUUAGAGAAGAAAAGAAUGGAGGAUUGAAAGUAAUAAAUGAAGAGAAAUUGGCUGCAUAAAAAGCAGUUAUUAAAUUUUUAAUAACUAGAAUAGGUGCUUCAUUAUUGAUGGGUAAAUCAAUAACUGGAAUUUCAAUGCCAGUAACAAUAUUUGAAGCUCGAUCUAAUACUGAAAGAGUUUGUAGUAGCAUGGGAUUUGCACCAAUAUAUUUAGAGGAUGCUGCUUAAUCAUCUGAUAUAUAUUAUAGAAUUAAAUAAUGUGCAGCAUUUUAAUUUGGGUUUAUAUUUAUGUAUAUUUCCUGUGAAAAAGUAUCUAUUUUUAUUUUUAAGUUUAGCCUUUUAAUCCGAUAUUAGGAGAAACAUUCUAAGGCUUUUAUGAUAGUUGUCCAAUAUAUUGUGAAUAAAUAAGUCAUCAUCCUCCUAUUUGUGCUAUAUAAAUGUAUGGUAGAUCUUAUAAGUAUUUAAAUAUUCAAAUAUUUAGAAUUGAUGGACAAUUAGAAUUAGUUGCUAAUUUUCAUUCUAAUUCUGUUGUUGGAAGAAAUGUUGGAACUUUCAAGAUUACAUUUGAAAAUCCUCAUUAAGAAGUCUUACUCACAUUUGCACCAGGUAGUUUGAAUGGAACUACUUAUGGUGAUAAAGUACUUAAUUAUCUUGAAAAAUAAUUCAUUAUUGAUUUCAAAAAUAAAAUCAUUUUAGAAACUACUUUUAAUCCUGAAAAAAAAUAUUGUUAGUUUUUUGAUGUUGAAUAUAUCAAUUAAUUAGAUUAUUUAUGUGGAGCCAUUUGUGAUGUAUCUGAUUCAGCAAUUCUUAGAUACUAAAAAGAAGGCUAUAGAAAAUAUAAAGGAUUAGAUUUAAAAUAAGAUAUCAAAUAAGUUAGACAUAAAAUUAAAGGAAUUUGGAUCAAUGAAGUUAAAGUAUUUUUAUUUUAUUUAUAAUCAGGUUGAUAAUCAAAAGUUGAUCUCUAUUCAAAAUGAUUAUCCUAUCAAAUUAUAAUUAGCUUAAUAUCCAAUACCAUCUGAUGCUACUUUCAGAAUGGAUCUUUUGUGGUGGAAAUUAAAGAAUUUCGAUCAAUCUUAAUAAUGGAAAGAAAAAUUAGAAAUUCUAUAAAGAUAAGAUAGAAAAUUAAGAGAAUAAAAAACAAAAAAGAAAAAAUGA